AUUAACUAAACGCGUGUGUGCAUCCGCACAGAUCUGAGGGGAGGAUGUCUGUCCCACUUCAUCACCCGGGAUACGAUGAAGAUAGGGUGCAACUUUUGAUGGAGAAGCUACCCUGCAGAGAGACUCAAAUUGGCACUCUGCUCGCGCUUAUGGGAGAGCCAGAACAAUAUUGCUACCCCUCUAUAUUCAUCUAUGGUCACCGGGCAACAGGAAAGAGUCAUGUGACACAAGGGUUAUUGAGAGAACUGGAGCUGCCCCAUGCCGUAGUGAGCUGUGUGGAGUGCGUUUCCGCGGGGAUUCUGUUUGAACAGGUGCUGCUGGCUUUCUUUGGCUCCUCCUCCACAGACUCCCUGCCCCGGAACCCCUCCCUCUCCGACUUCGUCCGGAUCUACCGGCAGCUCUGUGGCCAGUUUCCUGCCACCCAAACUCGCUACAUUGUACUUGACAAGGCGGAGCUUCUGAGGGAUAUGGACGCUAACCUCCUGCCUGGAUUUCUGCGGCUGCAGGAGCUGGUUGAAGACAACCUGACGGUGAUCCUGCUCAGUGAGAUUGUGUGGGAUAAGUUCCGGCCCAACACCGGCUGCUACGAGCCACUCCUGCUGCACUUCCCCAAUUACAGCAAAGUGGAGCUGCAGCAGAUCCUGGCGCGGGACACUCACCCCUCCUAUUCACCCGAGCUCUACUCCUCCUACAUCAACAUCCUCCUGGGCGUCUUCUUCUCUGUGUGCAGAGACCUUCGGGAACUCAGACACCUGGCUGCACUGAAUUUCCAGAAGUUCUGUGAGCCCCUGGAAGCUGGAGAAGCUAAAGAAAAAGACUCUCACAAGCUGUGGCGCAACAUUGAGCCGCACCUGAAGAAAGCCAUGCAGACGGUAUACCUGAGAGACGUGUGCAGUGUGCAGUGGGAGGAGGCGCAGUCAGAGGAGAGGGAGGUGGCAGAUCUGAAAGGCUUCUCUGUGCACGACCACGUGGAGCUGCCUUAUUACUCAAAGUACCUGCUGAUCGCCGCCUACCUGGCGUCCUACAACCCCGCCCGCACCGACCGCCGCUUCUUCCUCAAGGUGCGCCUCGUCUUCCUCGCCCUCACGCCAAGGUCAUUUCACCGAGCUGCGCCGCAUCAUGGGAAGAUUAAGAAGACCAAUUUCCUCAAGAAGCACGAGAAGACCAGUAAUCACCUGUUAGGGCCCAAACCCUUCCCCCUGGACCGCCUGCUCGCCAUUUUCUACAGCGUGGUGGACAGCAGAGUGGCCCCGACCGCCAGCGUUUUCGCACAGAUCUCCUCUCUGGUCACCCUGCAGCUGUUGACUCUGAUGAGCCACGAUGACCAGCUGGACGCCCCCAAGUACAAGUGUGCCGUCUCUCUGGACUUCAUCCGGGCUAUCUCCAGAACGGUGGGCUUUGAUAUCCUGCGGUACCUGUAUGACUUCCUAUGAGUCUGGCUUUGCGGUCACACCAUCGGCAAGCCCGUAAUAGGGGUGCCCUGGAACUGUCUGCGGACAGUGACGUCAUGAACUGGAACCCCUUGUUUUUCUGAGGCUUGAUGGACCGUCACUUGUGCACUUCACCUGACUUUAUGGGGAUGUUCGUCUGCCACUGGGUGAUGGAAAUAUUGCUUUGUCAAUCUGAAAUAAACUCUCGGGACAAUGAACACAAGGAUAUCCCUGAUUUACUUCCAACUUCCUCCACCUUCGGGGAGGGUUACUCUUUGACACGCCAGCCAUUUUGUGUGCAGCGGUGCGUACCUCUCUGCUGGACCACGGGGCGAUGCCGUUUCUCUGUAAACUACAUUGUUUGAUAUCUGAACAAUAAAGUUGAAACUCAACUUGAGAA